AUGGUCUCCUUCCCCCUCAAGGCAAUUGGCGCUACUGUCGCCGCCUACCUGGUCGCCCAGCAGUGCCAGUGCCCCCAAGUCGCUAUUGUCCCUGCCAUCGACGCCGCCCUUCAAAUCGGCGCUGCUGUCGGUUCCGCCGGUGCCUCCUUCGGCGGUGCCAUCGUCGGCGCCCACUUCGGCAACAAAGAGCGAAGAGGCGAGCUCCUCGAGAUCCGAGGCGACUUCAAGGCUCCCCCCGGAGUCCCCCAGCAGGAGUUUGACCGUUGCGCCAACGACUUGUCCAAGGAGUCGGUCAAGAUCAAUGUCAAGGGACCUGUUGAGAACCACGGUGUCCGGGCUCAAGGUCUUCCUGCGAGCUGCAUGAACCUGGCAACUGUUAUCGAUGGCGAUGCUUCCGGUGGUCCCAGACCUACUCCUUGCGGCUCUGAUUGUCUGCUGUACAACAACCUGAACAAGAAUGAGUACGAGAAGAUGCGCAAAAUCUGGGGUGAGAUCCAGAAGAAAUAG